AUGGUUCGAAACACAGCCUUAUGGGGAUAUGACUGGUAGGCUCGAACCCGAGACCUCAUGGUUGCCGUCCUCAAUGUAAGAGGAAAUGGGCCAUUUUUCCAGUCUCUUUUUUGCUCUGAUAUAAAUCAGAUCAGCCGGGUCGAUUCUGUUCUUUCCGACGCAGUGGCAUGGCUGCUUUUCUGGUUUUGCUUCCCGCCUUGUUUACGGCCGUAAUCGCUCUGUCGGGAACGACACCUCCGGUGUCUCAAGCGGGCUCUGCAACUAUUUGCAGAGAUCAGAACAAUGACGUGAUCUGCGAAGUGCAGCAGAUGAAGCUCAAGAUUGCGCAUAUGGAGUCCGUGUUGGAGGAAAGUGUCCAAAAACUGAAUGCUAAGGGCCUUCAUCUUAAAGAACAAGAGAAGCUAAUUGAAGAGAUGAAGCAUAAGAUCCAUUAUCUGCAAACUGCCCUUGUCAGCAUGAAGGGAGGUUCUUCAUAUGCUGAGGAAAGGAUUAAUGUACUAGAAGAAAAGGUGCAACGUCUCUGGGAUGAAUCAAGAAAGAACAACUUCAAUCUCCAUAUUCUGGAAACUAAAGCACAAGAUGCUGAGAAAAGCUUAGAAGUGGUUACCUCGCAAGUUGAAAAGAUGGCAGACAUUGUUACAGAACAGUGGAUCCAGAUCCAGCAACUUGAGCAGGCACUUCAAAUAGCAAUGAGGAAUAUAAAGGCUCAAAGAAAAGCAGACUCCAGAUGCAUAUUCUUGAAGGUGCGGGGUCGAUAUUCAUUUGUUCAGGAAUCCUUGCGUUCCUACACAUCAAUGGCUUUGCAUCAGUUAAAAAAAUUCUUUUCAGCAGCUAAAAAAUAUCAUCAUGAGCUUCAAGGUUUUGUGAAACAAGAGAUGGAGAAGAAUGAAUUCACAGCAGUUCUUGCAAAUGAGGAGGUUAUAUUUUUUGUGGCUUCUGCUCUAAUUGUUUUCCCUAUAAUGGGUGCUUGGACCUGGCUGUCAUCAUCUUUCAGUUAAGUAGGACUCCUACCUGUCCUGGUAAAAUGAAGAGUUUCCCAUAUCCUUUUGAGUAAGAGGGCAUAUCAUCUGAAGUUGCAUGGGUUGGAACAUCCAUUCAAUUGCUGGAAAACCAAUACAAGCCAAAUCUAGUUGAAUUCAACCGUAGGUUGGUAAAUCAAUUCAAAUUUUUUGUACAUUAUUUUCUUGGGAUUUUCCUCUUUUUUUUUUUGGAAAAAGGGAUGUAUAUUCUGGAUUUUUUUUCUUGCUUGAAACAUUCAUCAAUCUGGCAAUUGUGUGACCUCGACAGUUGCAAUUAACAUGAAAAAAAUGGUGUAAAACCCAGAUCAGCCACUGGUUGAGGCAAUAAAACUGAGACUGUCCUUGGCAAGUUGGACAA